GUUUUGCUUUCGUUUCCGUUUAAAUGCCCCGAAACAAUCGGCCAAACCCUAUAAGCAGUGAAGGCAUCAAUAAAAAUGUCGUAUAUCGUCUCACGACACAUAUUUAACUUUCUCUGCAAACAUGAAGGCUGUACGGAGUAUGGUAAAGUCGAGAGGAAUUUGCGGCAGAGUUUCACGGUGGCGGAUCAGGUUUUGUCUCAGGUGCUCGAUGAUCACCAGAGGUUUGUUAUUGUUCAGGAUGAAGGCUCGAAUCCCAGAAACUCCAUACCAGCUGCUGACAGCCAGAUCAUAGCCAAAACCUCACUGCGAGUGUGUAAAAAUGACAAAUGUACCGCCGGGUGUGAAGACCUACACCUGUGUAGGUACUUUGUCUGUGGAAAUUGCAGAUUUGGGGCGAAAUGCAAAAAUCCCCAUGACUUGACUUCAGCACAUAAUUCUGACCUCUUGAAAAGUAAUGAUCUUCAUGGCCUUACAAGUGGAGAGUUGUUUCAACUUCUGCUUCAAAAUGACCCAUCAUUACUUCCUGAGGUGUGCUCCCAUUACAACAAGGGGAUUGGCGAAUAUGGCAGUUGUAAAUAUAAAACAUCCUGUACCAACCUUCACAUCUGCCAGCACUUCCUGCAGGAUGACUGUAAGUUUGGAGCAGGCUGCAAAAGGGCCCACGGAUUUGAUGCAAAUGCUCAGAAAACUCUGAAUGUCCGAGGACUCGGUCCAGAAAACAUGCUCAAACUUCGCAAGCUUUACAAGAACAAGUUACUGAUUGCGUCUUCCGCCUUCAAGAAAAGUGAGAUAGCAGCUCUACCAGCAGUGAGAGGACCCACCAGACACAAAUCCAGCAGCUCUGUCAGUGAAGCGGAUCACAAUGAAAUCUGUCUCUUUUUCAUACGCACCGGAUGUAGUUUCAAAGACAAGUGUGCCCGUUUUCACCACCAUCUACCCUAUAAAUGGCAGAUAUUGCAGAAGGAUGGAACUACGUGGGGUGACUUACUGAAUGAAGAGGAGGUUGAGAAGGAAUACUGCAAUCCAGCUAAUGUUCUGUGUAUUACCCAGAGCAGCUCGGGGCAUCAUCAGGUAGUGGACUUCAUGUCAAUGACUUGUGGAGUGUCAGAAGUCCGUCGGCGGUCCACAGCAUCAUCUGUUACUAAACCUCCCCAUUUCAUUCUGACCACUGAAUGGAUCUGGUACUGGAGGAAUGACAAGGGAGGUUGGACGGAGUAUGGCAAAGGGGAGGAUUCUAAACUCAUGGCGUCAGUCACCUCAGAAGACCUCGAGAAACAUUACCUGGCUGACAGAGAAAAGGAAAUCUCAUUCACUUCACAGAACCAUCAAUACGUCCUCAAAUUAAAAGAGAUGUGCCAGCGAAAUCUGAAGUACAAAACUGAAAGGGACGUUAGAAGGAGACCACGUUUUGUUUCUGCCGAAGAUGUCAAGAGCAAAAUCAAGGGAAGUGAGUCUCCAGACAGCUCAGCAUCUUCUUCUGUGGAAGUUCCUCCUUACUGGGACAAAGGAGCUCUUCCUAGCUCUACUUACAAGAUUAUUCCUUUGCAAAGCUCUUCCAAGGAGUACCAAAGGGUGGGUUCAAUGUUUAGUAGAACAAUGGCCAAAAGCAUCAUUCACAGCAUUGAAAGAGUGCAGAAUCCUUCUCUCUGGAAGGUCUUUCAGUGGCAAAAAGAACAAAUGAUUUUGAAGAAUGGAGGGAAUGCUGUGAACCAGCGUUACCUUUUCCAUGGUACGGAUGAGUCUUUCAUAGAUGCCAUCUGUGAGCAGAACUUUGACUGGAGGAUCUGUGGGAGUCAUGGGACAAGUUAUGGGAAAGGUAGCUAUUUUGCCAGAGAUGCUUCAUACUCUGACAGAUAUGCCAAAUCCAGGAACGGCAAGACCAAGAAGAUGUUUGUGGCACUGGUGCUGGUCGGAGACUUCACAAGGGGUAACAGUGGUUUUCUCCGUCCUCCACAAAAACCCAAAAGUCAAAGCUUUUACAACAGCUGUGUUGACAAUGAGACUAACCCAGCCAUUUUUGUUGUGUUUGAGAAAUUCCAGAUCUAUCCCGAGUACAUCGUUGAAUACUCUUAAUUUGUGCAAUCAAGCUAUUUUUAAAUAUUUGAUACAUUGAAACAUUCUAAUAAUCGAAAGCAGGUUAUUUACUUAUUUCUUGAAAUAGUUCUGAAUGUUACACAAACAAUUUAUGUUAACAUCACUGAAAUCUUCAACUCUUUAACAUUUUUAAAUAUUUUAUUUACAGAAAAUGUUUGUAGGUUAUUACAUAUUAGGUAACUGUUUAAUCUUAAUUAGGUUUACUAAACAAUCAUCUGUGGCAGACAUAACAAGAAUAAAAAUCUUUAUGUAUAAGGUGCAAUCAUUCCAUUGUAUUUCCUUAUUGGCUUUGGCACUGAGAAAAAAAGGUUUUAAUACCAUAUCAGUUGUAUAGUCAAAAGUAUAUAGUAUAGGUAUAUAUGGUAGAAUCACAAAUUAUAAAUCAAUCAAUUUUUCAGUUUUAUUGCACUAGAUUUUAAUGCAGAAUAUUAAAGGUAAAUGAUGAGUUUGAGAAUUAUAAGAACACCGAGCAUUAACUCAAGCCCUUGAAUUACUCGAGCAUUACUAAGGUUGUUUUUUUUUUUUUUUUUUUUUUGUUCAAUGAAGUGGACGGAAUUAAACUACUAAAACUGUUACAGACCGAUGCUUUGUACUAUUAUUUUCAUUAUCAUUACAGUUAUUUUUUAAAAGUAUAUACAAUUCAGCCCAAAUAAAACAUGUUUACCAAAAAAAUUUAAAUUCUGUCAUCAUAAAAAGGUGUGAUUUGAACAAGUUUAACUUUAUUUUAAUUAGUUGUUUCAUUGAAUAGAUCUGACUCAAAUAAUUCAUCAACUAAACAAAAUAUGCUACUUCUCAUGAAUGUGAAAAGAUAGCAUGGAUGUCUAGAACUUAAAUAUCGGUCUGUCACAGUUAUUGCAUGAGAUGACUUAAAAUAAUAGUGCACCACUUUUAUGGUGAAUUAAGACGAUCACCUUUCCUGUUUUGGCUAAGUACAUAACGAGAAAAUUUCAUUUUUUUAUCGUGAACUAUCCCUACAUCAGUCUCUGUUAGUAUUUGAUUGUGACGUUUCCACCCAUCACAUUCUUGGAAAAUGAUGUGCAAAGUACAGCUCUGCUAUAAACAAUAAAGUUUGACAAAUAACUAUGAAAUAUUUGCAGCAUGUAAUAUCCAGAACAAAAUAGCAACUUUUAUUUGUAGAUUAUGCAAAAUCACUAAUAAAGGAGAUCAAAUAUAAGAGUGCACAAUAAUACAGUGAAAAACAAGCAAGGUGAAGAAGGACAUUUACCAGGGGGGAAAAAAAAAAUUACCAGGAAAUCAUGAGAAGGCAAGGAGCAGGUCCGAUAUUAUUGAUGAUUCACUGCGAUCCCUGGUGGCAAGACUGAGAAGUGAAGACUUCGAAAUCGGGUCUUUGAGACUACUAAUGGAAGACUCUGGUCCCCUCGGUGGCUUUUUUAGGCCAAGAACCGUCCACGUUUACAGUAAGUUGGGUUUAUAUACAAAACAAACUCUCAACAAACUCUUUCUAUCGAAAAGUUCUGUGUUUUAAAGCUCAUCAUAACAUAACUCCUUUCAUGAGUGGGUCUAAGAUGCUUGAUAUUAAAUAAUGACGAUGGAGAUAAAUAUACUGAGCGAUAAACCAUUUAUUUAGUCAUCAUUAAUACUUUCAAUUUCAAAUCAUUUUAAUAUGUCGUCAAAGUUUACAGUUCAUACUCUGAGGUAAACAUACACAUUCAACUAAAUGAGUUAAGAUAAUGCCACAAGCAAGCUGCACACUCCGAACCUCAAUAAUCUCAUUAUUCUGGUACUGGACUGUAUAUUUACAUAAUAUAAAAUAACAGUGUAAUCAACAUAAAAUCAAAUACCUUGUGGACAAUAAGGCAAGGCGUCUCAUCCCAGUUUCUUUUCAAAUACAGCAUGUGAUGCUGUUUGUGUUGAAAUCAGUUUUAAUCAAACAAUUAUAACAGAUAUGUUUGUCAUGUGACUCCAGAAUAAGUAAUAUGAUUCCUAAAUAAUUUGAUUAAAAUCAGACUGUGCUGCUGAGAACUGAAACCGUAUCAGAACUCAUCCUCAAAAGUCUCCCUCUU